GCUGCGCUCACUCAGUCAGUCAGACAGGGAGGGCAAGAGAGAGCAGGAGGAGGAGUAGGAGUGUGAACAUUGCGGAGUUCUCGGGGAUUCCGAGAAUACACAGUUCAGACUCAGACCCGACAGUCGGUGCCGGAGCCCGAUGAGUUUUUGGACUCUACUUCCAUUUGGCGCGGUUCACGGCGCACGUCUGCGCGCAGGAAACGCUCGCUCACGCUCGGAUAGCGGAAUCAGGUGCCUCCUCCUCCAGCCGGGCUGCUGAAGAAUGGCAGAGGAUUACAGAUGAGGACAUGGUGACCCUCUCUACCUUCCAUUGGUUCCCGUGUGGCCACAUCUGAGAUCAGAAGAGCAAACAGGAAACACUGAGCCUUUGGUUUCUCCCAGAAUAACUUCCAAAUAUAGAGUGUUUGCUUCAUCAGGACAGAGAAAUCUCCUCUCAACAUCAUUUUAAAGCAGUGUGGAUUUACUCAUGCACAGCAAUGGCAGCUGGGUUGUCGUACUUUACAUUACAAAUGCCCUCUAGUCCUAUAUGUAAAACUUUUUGAAUGAAAAGAAACUAAAUCCAAAGCGCUACUGGAGUUCUCUGCUCUCAUCAUUUAUGGCACAGAUCUGAGACAUUUUCAGUAGUUGUAAAACACCACAUCAGGGCAUCCUGCUGUUGAACAUGACUCAUGGGGUGGAGUCUGGCCCUGAAACUCACCAGGAUUCUGCUGCUUUAACAUAUCUGGAAGGUUUGCUAAUGCAUCCGGUCACCACUGGGCCUGCUGCCACUACCACACAGAGAUCAGAACCUGUUCAAAACAACGUGGAGAAUGCCAACAGGGUGACUAGGGUGUUUCAGCUCCCCAAUCGUGGCUCCCCCUUGCCAGACAAGGGUAGACCACCUAGUGCUGCCUCACAGCACCUUAAAAAAGCCAGACUGCUUCGCUCAGGAGCGUGGAAUGAAGAUGACAGCCAGAAACGAUCAGGCACUGUAGUGGAAGUGAAUGGACAGAGGAGGGAGCACUACAAAGGAAGCCUGGAUGGCUCUGCGCAGGGAGAGAGCACCUUGCUGGCUUCUCUGCUGCAGUCCUUCAGCUCUCGGCUACAGAGUGUCGCCUUGUCACAGCACAUUUCUCAAAGCCACAAACCGCUCGACAGGGAGAGCAGUGAAAGUGCUCCUGUUGAUAAGGAAACCUACCAGAGUUACGGCACAGCGUCAGGCCGCCUAAAAAGCCUCAUGAGGAAAAGCAAGCACCAGAAACAAACAGUGCCUUACUGUUGUCAGAGUAACCAGAAUCGAGGCUCUGAUUCUCCUCAUUCCUCUCAAAGCUCUGCCCAGCCCUCUAGCUCAGAAUCAUUGUCCUGCGCAGAGCGUCUCAAGGCUGUUGCCAAUAUAGUACGGACCAGGACCAGUCCGGCCCCUUCACCCAAGCCCAGUGUCGCUUGCAGUCAGCUGGCCUUGUUGCUGUCCAGCGAGGCUCAUCUACAGCAGUACUCCAGAGAACAGGCCUUAAAAGCACAAUUAAUCAGUCGAUCAGCCAGCGAGAGGUUAGCUGCCAUGGCUACUCAAACGCAGGAUAAGAGGCCUCCCAGCAUGGGGCAACCAACAACCACCUCAGACAUGCUAAGCUCCUUAAAUGUUCAAAAUGGAACACUCCCCCCACCAGUGAUCGAUUCUAGCAAAAGAAGCCCUCCCCUUUCCUCACCCACCAUGAGACCCCCCAAAGAGAGACGGCCCUUCGACAGACAGGGUCGACCGCCACAGAACUGCAGCAGUCUAUUGCUUCUACUUCUCAAUAAUCACAACUCCCAGCAGCAGCUCACCAGAAACGGACACCUGGAGGACGACUGCAGGAUCCUCCCGAGCCAGGCCUCCUCCCUGCAUUCUGACAGCGAGUACUCCAACCACGAUAACAGCCUGACCAAAGACAGCAGUGAUACUGAGAGUUUCUCCAGCUGUUCCCCCAUCGACCUCUCCAUGAAAAACAGAGGGCCUAGCCAAAAAUCUGAGCCCUCCUCUUCAUUAACCCCCUCUGUGGAGCCCGCAGAGUCUCUCAUAAACAAAUGGAAGCUGGAACCUUCCGUGCCAAUGGUCCCUGAGGCCACAGAUCUGGAUACCAGCCCAGACAUGAAAUCCCAUGAUAAGGUCACUCUAAUGCAGUUACUGCUGGACCGCAGAAAUAACGAGAAGGUAAACAAAAGUCCAGAUAAUCCUGGUUUGCGGCCUGACUCAAUAAUCGGCAGCUUGACUACAGGCCCACUUAAACGAAUUGGCACACCUGAGGACAGCAGAACACUGAGUCCUCUGCACCGGCAAACAGCUAUCUUCAGCUCGGUCUCCCCUUCAUACUCCUUCCCCUCGCCUCAUGCCCAGUCCAGUCCAUUAGAUCUGUGUAAGUCUAAAGCUCACUCAAGUGAAAAGAUGGUGGAGCCUCCUUUCAGUGCCAGCAAGCUACUACAGAAUCUAGCCCAGAGUGGUAUAAAGAACUUAUCACCUUCUCCCCCUCCUUUACACUCACAAAUGGUGAUGAGCAGAAGGCAAAGCCCAGAACUUGAGCUUGACAAGCCUCAGGCCCUCUUGGAUCGACUUGUCACUCCAAACAAGCGGAAUAAAGCCUCUGCACUAGAUAGAGGUUCCCCUCCUGCUCUCCCACCUCACAAAUGUAACCAAUCACCCUCGGCGUCAACACAGAUUGAAAAUCUUCUAGAGAAGCGCACUGUACUGCAGCUUCUGCUGGGAACAGCUUCCCAGAAAGAAAGAACCAGUGGGCACAGAUUCUUUGAAGUAACCUCAGGGAGGCUGGAGAAGCCUCAGACAGGCACUGUCAACUGUGACAGCUCAAACAAGCCUUCUCUGGACUGUAAGAUCAAAACAGAGCCAGUAGAGGAGAAUUUUUCAUCAGACAGCUCUAAUGAUGGGGUGUACCAUCAGAGACGAUCAUCACAACAACACUCACCCAUUGCUGAAGCACAGGACACAACAAAAUCUGAGUUAUGUCCUACAGAAACAGCUGCCAAAUUUGGACUUCUCAGCCAGCUUUUGAAACAGCAGAAUGCUACCUACCAUUCAAACCCACACACUAGGCUCCUCAGGAACUCUGUAAAAGAGGAGCCAAUGGAUUUUCAGAGCCCCGUUCCUAAAAAAAGAAAACUGACAGAGUGCCUAAGUAAUGAACUUUGUCAUUCGUCUGGAGAUACCACUCGUGAUAAUCUCAUGUCUGGAACACCUGAAAUUAAUGGCAGAGGCCUAGUAAUACCAAAAGAGGAAGAUGUAUUUGGAAGUCCCAAGAGCAAAACUUCUCUCUCCAGAGAAAGCCAAGGCUUCAAUGUUCUCAAGCAGCUCCUCCUGUCAGAGAACUGUCUGAAUGAGCUGUCCCAGCCCAGAGGGACAGCCCAGCCCCCAAGUCCUUUCAUCCCUCAGGCAAACUGUGCAGCCAAUGGGAACUUAUCCCAGUCUGGUUCCCCUUACGAGUUGUCAAACUUGCCUUGGUACCCAUAUUCUCUCAGUGCGGGUCCCAAAACAGCACCCACACCUGUUGAUACCACAGGGGGGUCGUUAGUUUGGGCUAAAUCCUCUCCCAAAGCCAGUCCUAAACCAGUUAAAAAAGAACCUGAGGGGUCUCCUGGAGGAACUUUUAACAGGGAGGAGAGAUCCAGUCCAGACUCACCCCCUUUAACCAGGUCUAACCCGAUUCUUUACUACAUGCUUCAGCGGGGAAACGGUCAGCUCAGACCUGAGAUCCAGGAUCAGGUGCAGCCGGCCCACUGUGUCAUGAGCGCAAAAGUGGAGCCGUACAAUGACUAUGAGCACAGGAUAAACUCUCCAGUCCACAGACAGACUCAUAGCCAGAGAGAAGAGAGCCUAAACGGUUCUGUGGGAAAAUGGUAGAUGUGAACUACCAAAGACAGAGAGAAUCUGAAGAACUGCAUGUACGGUCAUUUGUCUAUAAUAUGUUUCUUCUUCUUUUUUCAUCUUAAAACAGAAACUGAAUAAAUUUG